GAAGUAGCAUAAAUGGUUAUCACAGUGCUUUACAAUAUCAGCGACUCGUUCAGUUCCCUCUGCAGCCUGUAAGGAGUUUGUAUGUUCUUCCUGUGACCAUGUGGGUUUUCUCUGGGUGCUCUGUUUCCUUCCACAUUUCAAAGACGUACCAGUUGGUAGGUUAAUUGAUCAUUGUAACUUGUCCUGUGAUUAGGCUAGGCUUAAAUUGGGGGUUGCUGGGCAACGGGGCUUGACGAUCCGGUUGGCCUUUUCCACGCUGUUUCUCAAUUUUAAAAAAAUAAAUAAAUUCUGAAAGAACAGUUGAUAACAGAUGCUGCUGGUGUUAAUGCCCAUCAGAUUAGCUUGAUGCAUAGUUAAUUUCAACAGGUGUAUUCAUGGCAAAACCAGAGAUGUUAAGUUUCUUGUUCACCUUGUCAAUUUGGAGGAUAUUUUUCAGGACCCUUGUGGGACCUUGCAGCCUGUGUUGUAGCAACGGUGGGAUCAUCUGUUACACUUCAUGGUGGAUUGAUGCAAAAGAAAGAUUUCACUGUUCUUUUUUUGCAUAGUGUUGGAGACAUGGUGGAAAAAUGGCUUGAAUUGGUCAUAAGAGAAUUUGUCAGCAUGUUUUGGCAUUGUGGUGAUUAAAGCAAUGUGAGGAAGUAAGGAUACAUAUCCACCAUCACCUGGUGCUUUGACCAAUUUGAGAAAGUUUGAGGUUGAGGAGAUCAAAAGUCCUGGUUGAAAAGUUUGGUUGUUUGACUUUUUGCUCUUGACGUUUAACCAUGGGGCAAAGAGUUGCCGUUGGACUCAAGACUGUGGAUGUGCGGGAUCCUUACCGACCUCUUCGGCACGAGCAGCAGGGACUUGACUAUUGUAAGCCAGCUCGACUGGACAUGUUAUUGGACAUGCCUCCAGUUUCUUGUGAUGUCCAGCUAUUGCACUCGUGGAACAAUGAUGACCGAUCACUGAAUGUAUUUGUAAAAGAAGAUGAUAAGUUAAUAUUUCACCGGCACCCUGUGGCGCAGAGUACUGACGGUAUCCGAGGCAAAGUUGGAUACACCAGAGGACUACAUGUGUGGGAGAUUACUUGGGCAAUGAGACAACGGGGGACACAUGCAGUAGUUGGUGUUGCUACAAUAGAUGCUCCUUUGCAUUCUGUAGGUUACACAGCACUUGUUGGAAGUAAUUGUGAAUCUUGGGGUUGGGACCUUGGACGCAACAAAUUAUACUUUGACGGCAAAAAUCAGCCGAGCCAGACUUAUCCAGCGUUCUUGGAGCCCCAUGAGACCUUUAUUGUGCCUGAUGCAUUCCUGGUAGUUUUGGACAUGGAUGAAGGAACCUUGAGUUACAUGGUGGAUGGACAUUAUCUGGGAGUAGCAUAUAGAGGACUUAAAGGAAAAAAACUUUACCCCAUUGUAAGUGCCGUCUGGGGUCACUGUGAAAUCCGACUGCGCUACAUUAACGGACUUGAACCUGAGCCGUUGCCUUUGAUGGAUCUUUGCCGGCGUUCAGUCCGGGUUGCACUUGGCAAGGACCGCUUGAAUGAAAUCCAGUCACUACCACUACCAGCAUCCUUGAAGAAGUACCUAAUGUACCAAUGACAGCAGAAGAAAAGGGCUAAAACCCUAAGAGACAUUAUACACGGGCAGUUAAUCCAUUUAUCUUCCAUCCAUUAUGAGAUGGGCAUUAUUUCUACACUCUGGUCUUGCUUUUUCAAAACUUGAACAUUUUCACCCAGUCGUUUUUGGGGCCCAG